CAUUUUCUUGCACCACAUUCAUAUUUCUCUCCCUUUUCUCUUUUCUUUUACAUUUUUCUCACAACAACUUUCUAUAAACUAUUCUGUCACUACUUUUAAUUUUUCUUCCCUUCAUGGCAGAUCAGAAGAAGGAGAACCCAAAUUCGGGAACUGUUAAUGUUGAAUCAGCAAAAGGAAGGAAUAAACUUCCAAACUUUCUGCUAUCUGUGAGGCUCAAGUACGUGAAGCUAGGCUACCACUAUGUCAUCUCCAAUGCUAUGUACCUUUUGCUCAUACCCCUUCUUGUCGUAGCCUCAGUUCAUCUGUCAACCCUUUCCAUCAACGACUUUCUCCAACUCUGGGAGAAUCUCAAGUUCAACCUUCUCUCAGUCACUGUCUGUUCAAGCCUCAUGGUCUUCCUUGCUACCCUUUACUUCAUGACCCGACCAAGGGGUGUGUAUCUCAUGGAUUUUGCAUGCUACAAGCCUCACGUCGAUUGCACGUGCACAAGGGAGACUUUCGUCGAGAAGUCUGCUCUCACAGGGACAUUCUCGGAGGAGAACUUGUCCUUUCAGAAGAAGAUUCUAGAGAGGUCUGGUUUGGGACAGAAGACUUAUCUGCCCCCAGCAAUCUUGAGUUUGCCACCAAAACCUUGCAUGGCUGCGGCUAGGAAGGAGGCCGAGGAGGUGAUGUUUGGAGCCAUUGACCAGCUGCUGGAAAAGACUGGGGUCAAGGCUAAGGAUAUUGGGAUUCUGGUCGUGAAUUGCAGCUUGUUCAAUCCCACACCUUCCCUCUCUGCCAUGAUUGUCAAUCACUACAAGCUCAGAGGGAAUAUCCUCAGUUAUAAUCUCGGUGGCAUGGGUUGCAGUGCUGGUCUUAUCUCCAUUGACCUUGCCAAACAGCUCCUCCAGGUUCAUCCAAACUCUUAUGCCUUGGUGGUGAGCAUGGAGAACAUAACUCUGAACUGGUAUUUUGGAAACAACCGAUCAAUGCUGGUGUCAAACUGUCUGUUCAGAAUGGGAGGAGCGGCGAUACUCCUCUCGAACCGCUCCGGCGACCGGAGGCGGGCGAAAUACCAACUGGUCCACACGGUGAGGACUCACAAGGGAGCAGAUGACAAGUCGUAUGGGUGUGUGUUCCAAGAAGAGGAUGAGACAAAGAGAAUAGGUGUGGCACUCUCAAAGGACUUGAUGGCAGUGGCAGGAGAGGCCCUAAAGACCAACAUUACAACACUGGGACCCCUGGUGCUUCCCAUGUCAGAACAGCUCCUUUUCUUUGCCACCUUGGUCGCUAGGAAAGUCUUGAAGAUGAAGAUAAAGCCCUACAUCCCUGAUUUCAAGCUGGCAUUUGACCACUUUUGCAUCCAUGCUGGAGGUAGGGCAGUGUUGGAUGAGCUGGAGAAGAACCUUGACCUAAGUGAGUGGCACAUGGAACCUUCUAGAAUGACCCUAUACAGGUUUGGAAACACUUCUAGCAGUUCCUUGUGGUAUGAGUUGUCCUACACUGAAAGCAAAGGGAGGAUAAAAAAGGGUGACAGAACUUGGCAGAUUGCAUUUGGUUCAGGUUUCAAGUGCAACAGUGCUGUUUGGAGGGCUUUGAGAACCAUCGAUCCAGCAAAGGAGAAGAAUCCUUGGAUCGAUGAGAUUCAUGACUUUCCUGUUCAUGUCCCUAAAGUGGCACCCAUUAAUGCUUCCUGAAUCAAAAACAUCCUUUUUCUUUUACUGAACUAAACAGACUUGUUCAUUUUUAAUGUUAUAGCUGAGCUUAGGAGAUGUGAAAAAACAGCACACAAGAUUAUUACCACUCCCUGUAACUUUGCCUGUGUCUUUGCUCUUGUAACAGUGUGUUCAAGUUAUAAAGACUUUGCAUGCAGCUAUUCUCUGAUUCAA